AUGGCGGAAUAUGACCACCGCAGAACAACGCAAGUCAUUAAAAAGGUCAUCGAGGAGGUGUGGGCCUUUGCCACGAUGCCUGUCAACUUAAGCUGGGCCUGGGAAUCUGGAAGGUCCACGCUCCGGAGGCGAGGACGACCCGGAGCCCUUAACACGCACGACGCUCCCCGGCGAGCAUUUCCCCGAGAGAGGUCCUAUGAGUGGGGUUUCAAGUCGGUGCAUUGGCAUGACCCUGCCGGGCCCACCGACAUCGACGUCGUGUACACCCUAAAGAUCGACGAGACACUACACGCCGGUCACGCCACCGCAUCAACACCCUUUCGGCCGGGCGAAUCCAACCGCAUCAACUUCCUCGCCGCCAACGGCAACGUGGAGAAGAAUCUGGCCGUGUGCCUCCCCAUAACCCGGUCCAUCCUGGCUGGUUGGCAACUCCUCCCGUUGAUGAUUAGGAUACGGCUCAAUGUCAUUUAA